AUGGAUAGAGAAAUGGUUGUUGACAAUGGGGAUAGUGUGAACAAUGAUGAUUUGAUCAAUGACAUUAAUCAAGUGAAGUCACAGCUAAAACAAAUUACUAAUGUGAAGAUGGGUUAUGAAAUCCAACUGCUGAAUGUUUUGAUGGAAGACAUAGAUAAGAGGCAGCGUAUAUGCGUUGUAGUUUUGUUGUGUCAUAUUGUCCAUGCAUUGCAUUUGUUGGAAAUGAUAUUGCCAAGGCAUGCUCGUAAUCUUACUAUUCGUGAUCAUUAUGAGAAGGAGCGUAGACGUGUUCAAUUAAUGACACAUUUAGUACAAACUGAAAGAUGUCGAGACAUCAUCCGCAUGAGCCCUGCAGCAUUUAUGAAAUUAUGUGAAAAAUUGAGGUCCACUGGUAUAGUAAAGGAUUCCACAAAAGCAACUAUUGAGGAGCAAGUUGCUAAGUUCUUGCACAUUGUUGGACAUAAUGUUAAAAAUCGAACAGUGUCUUUCUUUUUUCAUCGUUCGGGAGAAACAGUAAGUCGUCAUUUCCACAAUGUGUUAUGGGCUAUAAUAUCUUUAGUAGAUGAGUUCAUUGUUCAGCCCACUGGUGCAGAAGUACCUCCAGAAAUACUUCACAAUCCUAGAUUCUUCCCUUUUUUUAAGGUGAUGGCGACAUUGUCAGUUCCGCCAUUGGGGUGGACCUGCAACGCGUCAGUUUUUGUCUCAAAAGAGGGCUUCGAUAUGAAAUUCACAUAUGUGUUAAGUGGUUGGGAAGGAACAGCAUCCGACUCUAGAAUUUUAAAAGAUGCUUUGUCUAGAGAAGAUUCAUUACUAAUUCCUGAAGGGAAAUAUUACCUUGGGGAUGCAGGAUUUCCCUUAAAGGGAGGGAUACUUACACCAUAUAGAGGUGUUCGUUACCAUCUGAAGGAGUACUCAGCUAGAGGUCCCCAAAAUCACAAAGAAUUAUUCAAUCUUCGACACUCAUCACUUCGAAAUGUCAUCGAGAGGACAUUUGAUGUACUUAAGAAGAGAUUUCCAAUUAUAGGUGGUGGUAAUGAGCCAUAUUAUUCGUUUCCCGUCAUGACAGAUAUUUUCAUCGCGUGUUGCAUACUGCAUAACUACUUGAUGGGAGUUGAUAUUGACAACCAAAUCAUAGCUGAAGUUGAUCAAGAAUUGCAACAACGUGGCAUAGAUCGAAGUUCCACGAAUCAAUGUGACGAAGAUUAUAGACAAGGAGCAAAUAUAAGAGAGAAUGUUUCGACUGGAAUGUGGAAUGAAUACCCACUAUAA